UGCAUGUGCUCAUCUUUAUUUAACUGGCCAUAAAAGGAGGAGAAUACUGAACAGGAGCAGCAGAAACACCAGGAAACACAGCAGCAGCAACAGCAAUACUACUAUUACUACUGCUACUGCUACUACUACUACGGUAUAUUCAAGUCUUUCGCACAAAGAUGUUUUUAAGGGUUCUUCUCAUUAGUAUCUCACUCAAUGUAUGGUUCUGUGAGUCUACUAAAGUGAGAGGUACAGGAUGUACUAAUACACAAGACACAGACACCACCCUUGAUGCUGAAACACUCAUGGAGAAAUGUAAAUAUGUUGCUCGAAGCUGCAAAGAAAUUCGUGACAAGUAUCAAAUUAAGGAUGAUGGCCUCUACUAUCUCACCACAGCAAGUGGGGUGCUGUACCAGACAUUCUGUGAUAUGACCACUGCCGGGGGCGGCUGGACACUGGUGGCCAGCGUGCAUGAAAACAACAUGUAUGGAAAAUGUACUGUUGGUGAUCGCUGGUCUAGUCAACAGGGCAGUAACCCAGACCGACCUGAUGGGGAAGGGACAUGGGCAAAUACUGUCACAUUUGGAACAGCAGAGGCAGCGACAAGUGAUGACUACAAGAAUCCUGGAUACUUUGACAUUGUGGCACAGGAUAUAUCUGUGUGGCAUGUUCCUAAUAAUGCUCAAUUACAGCAGUGGACUUCUGCCUCCAUCAUGCGUUACCACACUGAAUCUCACUUCUUAUAUCUCAACAGUGGAAACCUUUUUAAUUUGUUCAAGAAAUAUCUGGUGAGGUUUGGAACAGGAACAUGUCGCACUGAUAAUGGACCUGUCAGUCCAGUAGUGUAUGAUACUGGAGAUGAGGCAUACACCAGAAAUCUGUAUGGACCUCGAUCAAGAGGGGAAUUUGAGCCUGGAUUCAUCUCAUUCAGAGUCUUUAAUAAUGAAAAAGCAGCCAUGGCUAUUUGUUCUGGUGUGAAACCAACUGGCUGUAACACUGAACAUUACUGUAUUGGUGGAGGUGGACACUUUCCUGAGGGCACUCCUAAACAGUGUGGAGAUUUCCCAAGUUUCGACUGGAAUGGCUAUGGUACUAAUGCAGGUUGGAGUGCAUCCAAAGAAGUAACUGAAGCAGCUGUACUUAUUUUUUAUCGCUGAAACUUGAUACAACUCAGAUUAAAGUAUUCCAGAAUAAUCAGUUUACCUAGCUUCUCUUUAUAUUUUCUGUUCAGUGAGAAAUAUCACAUUGUUUAAAAAGGUUGAAAGACAAACAAGUUAUUUUAAAUUUGAAAAAUAAGUUGCAUAUACUGUACUUCUACCAUUUGCUCUGUAAGAAUGAAUGAUUUCAAUGUAAUUAAACUGGGUGUAUGGUGUAACUGUAAUACAUUUUGCAACUCUGAUGAAAGUACAAGCCAUCAGAUUACCUAUUUGAUUAACAGUUUUUGCUACUUGGUUACAUCAGUGAUAACAUUUCAAAAUCAAUAUCCUUGUUGAUUCAAACUACUUACUGCGCAUGGUUUCUUUUAAUUUUGCAAUUAUUUAAAUGUGCAAACAAAUAUAUAAUGUAAAAAUAAAAUCAGUAUA